AUGGCUGCUAGGAAAAUUUCUAAAAAAUCAAGUGAUCAACCUGAUUUUUCAGAGUCCUUGUUGUUUAGUGAUGUAGUUUUUGUGGUCGAAGAUAAAAAAUUCCACGUCCACCGGUAUAUUCUUGCACAAUGGUCGCCUGUGUUUGAGACGAUGUUCUCUUCAGAGUUUAAAGAAAAGAACUUGAGCGAGAUUCCUCUUCCAGACAAAAAGGCGAGUGAGUUCAAGGAACUUUUGCUGCUCAUUUAUUCCACUGUAUCUGGCGAAGCUCUGAAUACCAUCAACGACACCAAUUGCCAAUCUUUGCUCAGGCUCGCUCGAGAGUAUCAAAUAGAAGCUAUUUAUAAGAAGUGCGAGGAACAUAUCGUCAAAAGGAUAAGAAAUGCACCAGGAAAUACCUUCAUGGCAGACAUGAUAUUUGCACAAACCUGUAACUUUGAGAAACUUCUUAAAAUCAGUGUCGAGAAAGCUAUUAACCACUUACGGUUGGAUGAUAUUAAGGGGCAUGAGGUGUUUGAUCAAAUCGAGCCACAGAUUUACAAACAAAUCUUGGAAGGAAUCAUUCAAAGACUUGAGGAGCCAGUAAUCUGUGGUUACUGCGGUUCUAGAGUUACCGCUAGAAGAAAAGAACUCCCCAGCUACUAUUAG